CGGCGGCUGGGCGCUCCUCUCGGCGCGCAGCACACACGCGGCGGCCGCUCCUGCAGCCUCCCCGGACCGCGGGACCCCGGCGCGCUCCUGCCUCUCCAGAGCGGCGCUAGCGCUGCUGCCCCGCUUUCCGCCUCAGAAUGAUUCCCUGCCGAGCUGCGCUGUCUUUUGCCCGCUGUCUGAUCCGAAGAAAAAUUGUCACCUUGGACAGUCUAGAAGACACCAAAUUAUGCCGCUGCCUAUCCACCAUGGACCUCAUCGCCCUGGGCGUUGGGAGCACCCUUGGUGCUGGGGUUUACGUCCUCGCAGGGGAAGUUGCCAAAGCGGAUUCUGGGCCCAGCAUUGUUGUCUCCUUCCUCAUCGCUGCCCUGGCGUCAGUGAUGGCUGGCCUUUGCUAUGCUGAAUUUGGAGCCCGAGUUCCCAAGACAGGCUCAGCGUACUUAUACACUUACGUCACUGUGGGAGAAUUGUGGGCUUUCAUCACUGGCUGGAAUCUCAUUCUGUCUUAUGUGAUAGGUACAUCAAGUGUUGCAAGAGCGUGGAGUGGCACCUUUGAUGAACUUCUUAACAAACAGAUCGGCCAGUUUUUUAGGACGUACUUCAAAAUGAAUUAUACCGGCCUUGCAGAGUACCCUGAUUUCUUUGCUGUAUGCCUCAUCCUGCUGCUAGCAGGUCUUUUGUCUUUUGGAGUGAAAGAGUCUGCGUGGGUGAAUAAAAUCUUCACAGCUAUUAAUAUCCUGGUCCUCCUCUUUGUUAUGGUUGCUGGGUUUGUGAAAGGAAACGUGGCAAACUGGAAGAUUAGUGAGGAGUUUCUCAAAAAUAUAUCAGCAAGCGCCAGAGAGCCACCGACUGAAAAUGGAACCAGUAUCUAUGGAGCUGGUGGCUUCAUGCCUUAUGGUUUUGCAGGAACGUUGGCUGGGGCUGCAACCUGCUUUUAUGCCUUCGUGGGAUUUGACUGCAUCGCCACAACUGGUGAAGAAGUCCGAAAUCCUCAGAAAGCUAUUCCUAUAGGAAUUGUGACUUCUCUGCUUGUUUGCUUUAUGGCCUAUUUUGGGGUAUCUGCUGCCUUAACACUUAUGAUGCCGUACUACCUCCUCGAUGAAAAAAGCCCCCUUCCUGUAGCCUUCGAAUAUGUUGGAUGGGGUCCUGCCAAGUAUGUCGUGGCUGCAGGCUCUCUCUGUGCUCUCUCCACCAGUCUUCUGGGCUCUAUGUUUCCUUUACCCCGAAUUCUGUUUGCCAUGGCCCGGGAUGGUUUACUGUUUAGAUUUCUUGCCAGAGUGAGUAAGAGGCAGUCACCAGUUGCUGCCACGUUGACUGCAGGGUUCAUCUCUGCUGUCAUGGCCUUCCUCUUUGACCUGAAGGCCCUCGUGGACAUGAUGUCCAUAGGCACACUUCUGGCCUACUCUCUGGUCGCAGCCUGUGUGCUCAUCCUCAGGUACCAGCCCGGCUUAUCUUACGAGCAGCCCAGGUACACGCCCAAGAAGGAAGCCGUGGGACCAGGCAACAGCGCAGCCUCCAAAAGCCAGUCCCAGGUUACUGUGCUGCAGGGCCAGGGCUUCGGCCUGCACACUGUCCUCAGCCCUUCCGUGCUGCCCACCCCCCAGUCUGCUACUCUUGUGAGCUUUCUCGUCGGAUUCCUUGCAUUUCUUGUUUUGGGCCUGAGUAUUUUGACCACUUAUGGUGUCCGUGCCAUCGCCAGGCUGGAAGCGUGGAGCAUUGCUCUUCUGGUGCUCUUUUUUGUCCUCUGUAUUGCCAUUGUCAUCAUCAUUUGGAGGCAGCCUCAGAACCAACAAAAAGUAGCCUUUAUGGUUCCUUUCUUACCAUUUCUGCCGGCCUUCAGCAUCCUGGUGAACAUUUACUUGAUGGUCCAAUUGAGCGCAGACACUUGGAUCAGAUUUAGCAUUUGGAUGGCACUUGGUUUCUUAAUUUACUUUAGUUAUGGCAUUAGACACAGCCUGGAGGGUCGUAACGCGAGGGACGAAGAGGAGGAAGACACCUACUCGGACAACAUCAAGGGGGCAGACGAAAAAUCUGCCAUUCAAGCAAAUGAGCACCACCAGCGAAACCUCAGUUUACCUUUUGUCUUGCAUGAAAAGACAAGUGAGUUCUAACGCUCCCCACGCAGAGCAGACCGGGUCCACGUCCUGGCGCACAUGGAGGAAGCCUCGAGAGAUGUGGUCGUCGUCCUUGGCUGUCGUGGGUCUGCAGUGCAUGUCCCCUGACUUAGCCUCACUCACCUGGACACUACCUCCAGGUGAUUACUCACAUGGCAAAGCCUCCUGAACUCUCUCCUUACUGAGAAUUUUUCCCAGAAUAGUGGGUAUGAGAAUGUCUGUCUGUCUGUCUAUCUGUCUGUCUGUCUGUGCUGGGGAAUAUGCAUGUUGAAAGUCGUUGGUGUCUCACUGUGCACGUUACCUUUCUCCGUGGUGGUGUUCAUGACUGGCGUGUGCUGUGUGGGUCCUGCUGAAAUGGAUGGAUCGCUAAAGAAAAGCGUGUUACAGUCGGGGGAAUACCUGUUGCUUUUUUUUUAAACCAGUCUUUAUCAGUGCCAUUAGCAAACUUGCUAAAGUGUAGCGUCAUUGUAUCUGUCACUGGUCAGGAGUCAGAGGAACACACAUGCCAAUAACAAGUAUAUGUUUCAAGAUGAGUUACACAUGCGCUUGGAUAAGUAGGCCCCAAGGCAGCCCUGUUUUUCCAGGUCACUUCAAGCCAGUCAAUUCUCCCAGUUAAUGCAAUUGGUAGACUUAUUCAUUCCUUUUCCACGGAUAAUGUUAGUUUUCCAUUAUUAAACAAUAACAGUUUUUUAAACCUUGUCAGGCACAGAAUUCAUUCUUUUGUUUCUAAUAUUAGUUGGUCUUAGAUAUGAGGGUACAGUAGGAAAUUCUAUCUUAAUUACUGGCAAAAGAAGAAGGAAUGACAGGGUGUCAGGGGAGAAAACGCCCUGGUUUUGGUUUUAGUGUGCCUCAGAGGGGUUGGAUCUAAUAUAACCUUGAUAUUUAUUUUGAAAGCAGUUAGGGAUGUUUUUCUUUGCUCAAUUCCAUAUUUUGUCUAGGUCUUUACAUUUCACUUCUAUUUAAAUGACAACACUAAAACUAUCAAUGAGUGGGGGAAUAAUUUGUUUUGAUUAAGUAUGUAAGUAUCUAUAUCUGUAGAUAAGUUUUGUGUUUCCAGUGUUAGCAUAUAAAUCAGUGGGUUUGUGAUAAACUUUGAAAAUGAUGCCAUUGUAUGGAUUUAAAAACCCAGCUGAUAUAGAAAUUAAUGUUUUAUAUUGUUAGGUGUGGUUAGCCAAAAUUGUUAAGUUUUAAACUAUUGAAAUAUAGAGCGAUUUUAUAUGUAUAUUAUUUUCUAUAGGUAGAUUCUUUAAAAAGGCUAUUUAUGAUGUUUCUCAUGAAAUCACUAAGCUCUGGUACAAUGCAAUAGGUGCUUUAUAAUGGAGAGAGGUCAUGGGAAGUUGGGAAGUUUUAUUUGUGUUCAUGUUCCUCUACUCACAUUUCUGCCUUGGUAUGCAAACAAAAAAAGCCAGUACUGCCAGCUCAUUGACCACUUCUCUGUUCCUACAUUUGAAUUCAAAAUCUUUUAACAAACUGUCAUUUUUUACUUUCUUAAAAGUAUCAAACUGUUUUGUAUAGAUUUGACUAGUCGUCAGUAUCACUUGUAUGAACUGUAAAAUUUUACGGCCUACAUAAUCUCACAUGCGCAGACAGCUUCAACUCAGAUUUAACUACAUGUUCUCAACUUGUUCAUGGGGAAACUUAUAAUAGUACCUUUAUUUUAUACUCUUUUUAAAAAGAUUAUUUGUAAUUGCCUACCUUACAUUUAAGAAAGUAGCUAUGUUAACUGACGUUUAAAAUCUAUUUAUGGAAACGUAUUAUUAUGAAUUUUGAUAUAUACUGUAAUAUGUAAACUGAUGUAUACUGUAAAUGUAAACUGCUUAAUCACCUUUCCUCCAGAGAUAAGUAUGAAGAACACUAAGACCAAACAUCAUUUGGAAUAUAUAAAUUAAAAAAAAUAUCAUUGGAAGGGGCUGCAGUGAUAGCUCAGUGGGCA